GCUUCACCCUAAGAACUGCCUGGGCGUGCGGCAGUUUGCGGAGACGAUGAUGUGCGCGGUGCUCUACGACGCCGCCAACAGCUUCAUUCACCAGCACUUCGUGGAGGUGUCCAUGUCCGAAGAGUUCCUGGCGCUGCCGUUUGAAGACGUCCUGGAGCUCGUUUCCAGGGAUGAGCUCAACGUGAAGUCUGAGGAGCAGGUAUUUGAAGCCGCGUUAGCCUGGAUACGGUACGACCGAAGCCAGAGGGAGUCCUUCCUCCCCGAGCUCCUCUCCAAAAUCCGUCUGCCCCUUUGUCGACCUCAGUUUCUCACUGACCGCGUCCAGCAAGAUGACCUGGUCCGUUGCUGCCACAAAUGCAGGGAUCUGGUUGACGAGGCGAAAGAUUAUCACCUCAUGCCAGAGCGCCGACCGCACCUCGCGGCCUUCAAGACCCGUCCCCGGUGCUGCACAUCGAUUGCGGGAUUGAUUUAUGCUGUUGGAGGACUUAACUCGGCAGGUGACUCGCUGAACGUGGUGGAAGUCUUUGAUCCCAUUGCCAACCGGUGGGAGAAGUGCCAGCCGAUGACGACGGCCCGGAGCCGCGUCGGGGGAGCGGUGGUGAACGGAUUGCUCUACGCCAUCGGCGGGCCAGGCGGGGGCGCAAUGGGAACGGUGGUGCUGGACGGCCAGAUCUAUGUAUGCGGCGGAUACGAUGGAAACUCAUCCCUCAACUCCGUGGAGUCUUAUUCUCCCGAAACAAACAAGUGGACGGUGGUGACUCCCAUGAGCUCCAACCGCAGCGCCGCCGGAGUCACCGUCUUCGAGGGCCGGAUCUACGUGUCGGGAGGGCACGACGGCCUGCAGAUCUUCAACAGC